CUCCAAAAAAAUGCUCUUUUGACUUCCUCUUGUGGUGCUAGCUGGAAGACAACGUCGUUUAGCUUUGUUUAUUUGCGAUUUCACUCUUUUCGCAAGAAUCUCUCUACCCAUUCUUCUUCUUCUUCUUCCUCCUUCCGGCGGCAUUACUCCUCUUUUAUCUAUGCUCUUCUUCUCUCCGAAGCCCCAGCUCGCAUUCCAUGGCAUCAGAACCAGCGGCCGCGCGCACUGCCGACGUGCUUCUAACCCUCGCGCGCGAGCUCGCUGCCAUGGCCGCCGACGAAAGCAUCGCGGAAUUGAUGGCUGCAGAAUCAGUCCGCCUCUCACGCAAGGUCUCUCUUCUUGUUCACCUGAUCGAAGAAAUUCGAGAUUUUGCCGUGCGGAAUGGCGGCGAGGCAAUUUCGUCCUCUUCGCCGGCGGCGAAGGUGCCAUGGUCGUGCCUUUCGGAAGUGGUUAUUGCGCUAAAGGCGGUGAAGAGGUUCUUUAUUCUUCACAGAGGGAAGAGUUCCGGCGAGAUUUCAGCUGUGGAAUCAAACUGCAAAAACAUGACAAUCCAAUACCAGUAUGUUGCAUGGCAGCUGGAGAAGGCCUUGGGGAACAUACCCUACGAGUAUUUCAAAAUACCUGAUGAAGUCCAGGAGGAGGCUGAAUUGGUGCGUGCACAGCUUCGAAGAGAAACUGAGAAGGUUGGAUCUGUAAAUCUGCUGAUAUUUCAGGAAAUGUUUACCUUGUUAUCAUCCUUAAAUGCAAAAGCUCUUAAAAGGCAAUCUCAAUUUAAGUUGGAAGAAGUAAAAUAUGAGCCUGAGAGCUAUAUUGAUCCGGAUUUGUUACACAUAGUUAUAAUUGUUGCUAAAGUCAGCGGUAAAUCUCAGUAUUUUGCUGAGAAAAUGGCUCCAAAUCUGAUUGAAAGACUUAAAAAAUCUGGUUUUGUUGAUCUUUCUGGUAAUUUAAAAGCUGAGAACAGGUCAAGGGAAUCCGGAAGGAGCAUGGAAGAAGAGAGUGAAUCUGAUUCUCCUGUGAUUCCGGAGGAUUUUCUGUGCCCUAUUUCUCUAGAACUCAUGAGAGAUCCUGUUAUUGUUUCGACAGGCCAGACAUAUGAGCGCUCUUCUAUUCAGAGGUGGGUUAAUUGUGGCAACAGAACAUGCCCCAAAACUCAGCAGAAGCUACAAAACCUAACUUUGACUCCUAACUUCGUCCUGCGAAGCCUAAUCAUGCAAUGGUGCGAAGCUAACACGAUUGAACAACCGGCCCAAUCCAUCAGCACGACAAAAAAUAAUCAUUCCCUCAGCGGACUCACCGGAGAAGGUUCUUCAAUUCAUGCCUUAGUUUCUAAACUCACAAGUCCAUCACCGGAGGAUCAAAAAUCCUCUGCAGCUGAAAUCCGCCUCCUCACGAAAUGUAGCACGAAGAACAGGACAAUGUUAUCAAAAGCUGGAGCAAUUCCAGCUCUUGUGAGUCUCCUAAGCUCAAAUGACCAGAAAAUUCAGGAACAUGCUGUAACAUCCCUUCACAACCUCUCCAUCUAUGAUCAGAACAAAGAAGUUAUAAUCCUUGCAGGAGCCAUUAAUCCAAUUAUUGAAGUUCUCAAAUGUGGAAACAUGGAAGCUAGAGAGAAUGCGGCAGCUGCAAUAUUUAGUUUAUCACUGAUUGAUGAGAACAAGAUAAGCAUUGGUGCGGUGCCUGGAGCCAUGGAAGCGCUGAUAAAGCUGCUUGAGACUGGUAGCCUGAGGGGGAAGAAGGAUGCUGCUUCUGCCUUGUUCAAUCUGUGUAUUUAUCGAGGAAACAAGGGGAGGGCGAUACGAGAAGGGAUCAUUGGACCAUUACUUCUGAUGCUUAAGGAUUCUGAAAGUGGAUUCAUGGUGGAUGAAGCGCUGACACUUUUAUCUCUUCUUGUCAGCCAUGAAGAGGGGAAGGAAGCUGUAAAGAAGGCGAAUGCGGUAUCGAUUCUGGUCGGUUUUGUGAGUACAGGGAAGGAGCGAAACAAGGAGAAUGCGGUGGCAGUGCUGCUUGGGAUUUGCCAGGAGAACAGGGAGAACCUUGCUUGUUUGGGGAGGAUGGGUGCUGUUGUUCCUCUUAAAGAGGUGGAGAAGAGUGGCACAGAUAGAGCAAAGCGUAAGGCUGCUGCUCUUCUGGAGCUAUUGGAGAAGAUACAGAUUCACUGAUCUUUUAGCUUUUUUAUUUUUUUUUUCAAGUUUUUGUUUUGUUUUUGAAAGGGUGAUGGGUAGAAUUCAGAUUGUUGGGAUUUUUCAAUUUGUUUCUAACCAUUGUACUGAAAGUUUGGCCCUUUUUAGGAAAAUAUACAUUUGUAUACAAUUCUCAUGUAUUUACAUAUCUCACAACUAAACUUUCAUGGUUACAUAGCAUUUUGAUGCUGUAAAAAAAAUAUAGGAGUGCUAUUUUUUUAUGUGAUAUUAAAGAUUUGAGGGGU